AAGAACAACUGGAACUUGGAAUAGAAAAUUAGAUAUAGAAUUCGAUAACUCCAUAGCAAUCCUGUUGCUGAGAUGGAGAUGACUGCACAAUCUUUGUCUCCUGCAAAGCUCCCUAGCUUCUUUCCUUCCUUCCUUCAUUCAAAAGCCAUUCUUUCUGCAUCAUAUUUGGUAAUCCCAUUUCAGUCCUCCAAGAAUUACAGAGCUCAGCUAAAAUUCGAUAGAAUCAGGUUAAAGAAACAAAGGAAUCUUGGGGUUACUUAUGCUUCUGAAACUGAAAGUAAUACCGUUACAGAUGUCGCUGAUAGAUGGCUUCUUGAACCUGCAGGUGAUGGAGAUUGGAGACACAUUGGAUUUAAGGUCCAAAUGCCAGAUGCCUUUGAGAUUGCUUCUAGUGAAGUCACUGUCGGCCGUCUCCCUGAUAAGGCAGAUGUGGUGUUUCCGGUUGCAACAGUAUCCGCAGUUCAUGCUCGGAUUCAGAAGAAAGGAGGGAAUCUUCUGGUGACAGACUUGGACAGUACCAACGGGUCCUUCAUGAAUGACCAGAGGCUAAGACCGGGAGUUGUUUCCAAGUUGCCACCGGGAAGUUUUCUUAUAUUCGGGGAUACUCAUUUGGCUAUGUUUCGUGUCUCAAAGCUUGAGAAUGUUGAAAGUAGUACUGAAAGCAAACCAGAGGAAUCGGGUGAUAAAUUGGAGAGUGACACCGCAACCGAGGAUACUGCAACAACAGACUAAAAUUUGAGGAUUUUGCUGU